AUGGAGAGUGGAUUUAAAUCAACACGUGGUGAGCAUCAAUCACUGUCUGGGGACUUGACGUGGCCGAAUUACCAGACAGUGGUGUCAGACAAGCAACGCGACCCCGCGGCUAUUAGACGCGAGAGGAAAACCCAGACACCCGACCACGCACAACGGACAGAAGCGUGCGUGCUCAAAGAGACUAAGCAGCAUCCAGCUAUUAGGCGUUAUUCGGAGGACAGGAGGGUGCCGGAGAUUGGACGUGGUCCGGCGGUGAUUGGGGCCAAAGAAGAAGCCGGGCGUAUAGGCUGA